CACUUCUCAGAGUCCAUCGCCCACCUGAUGAGUGAUGUGAUGGUUUCUGAUGUUUAGAUUUUGUGCGGGACUCUUCUUCGUUGACCGUCUCUCUAUUCCACAUUUUGCUUCUUCAAAUCGUUCUGAGGAGUUGCCCCUGAAGCUAUAAAAUACUCCCAAAAUGGAUAUUUCUGAAGAGGAAGUUGACACUGAUUCUGCAACCGGAUCGAAAGAAUCAAGCGUUGGGGAAAACAGUUUGGAUUCUAUACAGUCUGAAGAGCAUGAUGAUGAUUCUGCGAGCGGAUCAAGCGAUGGAGAAAUGAUUCUGGAUUUACUGCUUGAUGAUAUGUCUGAUGAUUUAACAGACCAACUUGAUGAUAUUAUUGCACCUAGGAUCCCUUCACUUAGGGCACUACAAACCUCCAAUAACCAACUCUUAGAGCGCUCAGACUACAAGUAUACAGUGUUUCAUGCAAUGACGGCCCUCAAUAAUCUAACUGGUGUGAGGAUGUGGUCACCUUUAUACCUAGCAUCGAUGAGACAUAUUCAGGCUGAUGUAACUCACAGAGAGGCCUUCUUUGCAUUUCCUGAUCCGGAGGAUAAGAUUUGCUUCUUAGAGUACAGGACUGGCAAAAAGAGAGAUGAAUGACUUUGUUAUGAUUCUUACUUUUCUAUUGCUCGUCUCCUGUGUAUUACUUAUGCUUGGUUAAAUGGUUUCUUAUCGAAUAUAAAGACUUUCUGUUUGAUU